AUGGGUCUUGGUGUGCUAGAGGACAAAUACCCGGACAAUGUUCCAGGAACCGCGUUGCUUUCGGAACUCGGAAUCGUACGUGGGCAAGAGAUCGUGAUAGGAGAAGCCGCGAACUUGAAACGGGGUAGUGGAAGAUACAGUCAUGUCGUACUCGUCCCACAACCAUCGGAUGACCCUAACGAUCCGUUAAAUUGGCCGAGAUGGAAGAAAGAGGCUUGCUUCUGGACUCUCGUUUUUAUGGCCUCUCUCGACGGCGCUCUCUCUCCAAUGGUUGGCCCGGGUUAUGUCCUUCUUGCAGAGCAAUUUGGAGUUAGCGUCGAUGUGGUGGCGUCUUCGUUUGGCACCAUUUUACUCGGAUUAGGCUCCUUUAUGAUGUUCCAGAACGUUUUGGCGACGAAAUUCGGGCACCGUAUCGUGUAUCUGAUAUCUGUGUUCCUGAUGUUCCUCUCCUGCGUCUGGUGUGCGCUCAGCCCGAAUUUAGCAUCUGUCAGAGCUUCUCGCCUGUUCCAAGGGUUGGGGAUGUCUUCUCUUCAAUCUCUGGUGGCAUCAACAAUUGAACAGAUUUACUUCGUACACGAACGAGGAAGUCGGACUGUCAUCUGGAGCUUUGCAAUAAUGUCUGGGAUCACCCUUGGACCUCUGUUGUACAGUUAUGUUGUCCAGAACCUAUCGUGGCAGAUGGGGUUUUGGCUGGUGACUAUUCCAUUCGGAAUCUCUUUGGUCCUGACUUUUUUCUUCGUGCCUGAGACCUCAUACAUUAGGGAAGUGACGGUCAAUCCCGCAGCUAAUGAGACAGAGAAGCAAGCUAUCGAAGAUGUGGAGUCGUCCCAAGAAGCUCGUAUACCCGCACGGAAGAGCUUCGUCUCUGGGCUCCAGCUUUACCAUGGCACCUUCACCAAGACCAACGUCAUCAAGAUCUUCGUACGGCCCUUCCCUUUCUUGAUCUCCCCAGUGACAUGGUUUUUAUUCCUAGUUCUUGGAAUGCAGACUGUGUGGUUGAGUCUUAUGCCCAUUUGUUCCGCGACGAUCUUCACGAUUGAAUACGACUUCGACGCCACAGAAAUUGGCUUAACGAACUUGGGUGGCAUUGUUGCUGUCGUGCUCGCGGUAUGUACCGGUGGGCCUUUGACAGACUGGGGAACGGUAUGGAUGUCAAAACGCAACAAAGGAAUAUACGAGCCCGAAUUCCGUAUUAUCUUCCUCACGACGAUGCUGUUUGGAGUUUUUGGGUACGCAGGAUGGGCAGUUGGCACAACAAGGAAUAUGCCUUGGAUUGGAGCGGUUCUGUGUCUUGCAAUGCCAAACUAUUGCAUGGUCAUAUCCGGAUCAGCUGCGAUUACCUACCUCCUUGACACUCACGGUGACGAUGCGCUUCAUGUUCUGGCCAUCGUCAACUUCGCCAAGAAUAUGGUCCUCUAUGGGUUUACAUUCUUCGCGAACGGAUUCAUCGAAAGCCGCGGUGUGAAGAAUGCGCUCCUAAUACUUGCCGGACUGCAGGCCGCCUGCUGGGCGUCAACAAUCCCCAUGUACAUAUUUGGCAAGCGCGUUAGGUCCUGGGUUGCUCGCCAUCCACGGCUCUUUAUCAUUGCUGGUGCCGAGAACAACUGA